CAUCCUCGCUUUUUGCCACAGUAAUAUCGCCGACUUUCUCUUCUUCUAAACUAUCCUUCAUAUUAUCUACUUAUGUCGAAUCCCAAAGAGGAUCGUUAUUAUGGCAGGUCAAGGAGUCCCCCUGUGGGAGACUCUCAAGGCGGCGGCUUUUUCCAGACGGGUCAGGGUGGGCGAACUGUGCUACCUCCUCUUUCUUCUGCAUUUCCAACCUCACGUUUUCCAGUUCCCGUGGCGUAUUCUAACCAGUAUCCUCAACAACGUUCUUCUCCAGGAAGAUACGAUUAUACCUCCCAGUACUCGAGCCAGUGGCAACCAAAUAGUGGAGCGUCUUCAUUUGACUAUUAUGAAACCCAAGAUAAUCGAUACGGUGCUCAACAUACAUAUCCGGUGUAUUCAUCUCGGACUUCUCCCAUGAUCCCAGAUACAGCAGUCGAUUCCAGGAAAUUACCCCCCCUUAAUACUUCUCCACAUGGCUAUCCCUCAGCGUCUUCGACGAUGCACGGUGGCAGUCAUAUUCGGUCACCGACAGCAUCCUAUCCGGCUGCCUACAACGGUUAUCCGACGAAUGCAUCCGGCUCCUACGGAUACGCCAUGUCGAUGGCUGAUUCAUCUAACAUUCCGAUGAGUUCUCAUUCUCAUACAGCCAUGACUGACAUGCGCUCGUCCUCUCCCUAUGGGCGAAAUUUAUCUCAUGUUCCACCGUCCUCAUACACUCCGCCACCGGUAUCUCCUACCUCCGCUGAUGACUCGCCAACCAUCAAGAAAAAACGAAAACGUGCUGAUGCCGCACAACUCAAAAUUCUCAACGAGACCUACGCCCGCACUGCUUUCCCGUCAACGGAAGAGCGCCUUGCGUUGGCUAAAUUAUUGGAUAUGUCUGCGAGAAGCGUCCAGAUUUGGUUCCAAAAUAAAAGACAGUCGAUGAGGCAAACCAGGCAGUCAUCAUCAAGUACCCACCAGUCUUUUUCUAUGGCGUCUCAGGGCGAUCCCCUAGUUGAUGACAUGGCACAUCUGUCCACUGGUGGCUACGAAGGCAACGCAUCCAUGUCGGGCACGUCGUAUAUGUCUCGUUCUCCUCCACCGGACGCCCAUGGCUCCUCUUCACUCACGUCGUCUCAUCGUCGUGCUCGAAGCCAAGAGACCGCAGUCGCUGAUCAGAGGCAAAUGUGGCCGCGUGGUUAUUGAGUAGUCAUAAUUAUCCUCAGCUUUCUUUUUCAAGACGUCAUAUUUCUUCUCCCCGGGCCCAUAAUAUUGUUACAUCCGCUCCCUUGGCACCCAAGUCUAUCUUCUCGCCGCAAUCCUAAUCUAUGAAUCCGGUUUUUAAUAAUUACCUAUUCAUUAAUAUUCCACCGACAGGAUGUCAUCGCCCAAUGACUUCUUUCUCGAUAGGACCACCUUAUUUUACCUUAUAUAUGUACCUAAGAUAUCAUUGAAUGAUCGAGUGCUGGAGCACUACACACACCCGCCUGUCCAUUACUACU